CUUGGAAUAAAGCAAUGUGAAGAGGUGGUGUCACUAGAAAAAAAAUUAUAUUGCAGGACAGUAUUUAGAUUUAUUCUGCCUUUCCUUUGUGUGAAAUGAGGAUAGAAUGAGAUUAGGGACAAUCUAAUGCAUGAUGAAAUUUUGUAAGCAGGAUUUUAUCUUUUUAGUUGGUGGAAUUAUAAUUCAUGUAGUUGACAUUGGAGUSGACUUCUGGGUAGCUAGUAAAUAUUUCUGUGAGGGACAGUACUAUUGGGGUAUAUUGAUACUGUGUUUUAGAGGUCUUUCAUCAGUAGUAAUUCAGCUAUUUAGUUAUGAGUGGUUUAAAAAUGACUUUGAAAAUCCUCAUCCUGAAAAGCUGAAGUGGAUCUUUCUAGUUCAUUUCUUUCACUGUGGAAUUUUUAUAAGGUAUUGGUUUGCUUUGAAAUACAGCUACCAGGCUGCAUUUAAACAAAACAGUAAUGGCGAUGUAUCAGAAAGAGAGCAUCCCAAUUUCAUUCAUAAACAAGCCAUUGAUAUAAUGACUGAUAUUAGCAUGCUCAAGGUAUUCAAGACUUUUCUCGAGAGCAGUCCUCAACUCCUUGUCCAGAUUUACAUCCUCAUGGAACAUGACAAAACCAGCUUCUGUCAAUAUGCUGCCAUUUUCCUGUCUUUUUGUGGCAUCUCCUAUUCAACGGUUGAUUAUCAGAUAUCAUUACGAAAAUCUCUGCCUGAUAAAGAUGAAUUUCACGUGCUAUCCAAGCUGGUAUAUCUCUUCUAUAAACUGCUUACAAUCACGUCUUGGAUACUCAGUAUUUCACUGAUUACUCUUCUGAGUGUCAGAAGUUCUGUAUUUCUGUUGAUACUUCUUUGGAGCUGUGCCUUUUUGUGGACUUGGAAACAACACACAACAUUUUGCAAAUCUAAGGUGAUGGAAUAUCUGUACAGAAUUGUUGUUGGAGUCAUUCUAGUUUUUACCUUCUUUAACAUAAAGGGAACAAAAACAAAAAUKAACAUUUCUAUUUAUUAUGCUACUCAUACCCUUCUAAUUUUAGGCGUUUUGUUUAUAUAUUGGUUUUGGAAACCUUCCUUUACCAAGGAAAUACAUUUUACAAUUGUGGGGAUCUUAACUGUUGUCAGUCUAGUCUUAGGCAUUAUUUUUCUACUUGUUUAUUAUAGGCAUUUUCAUCCCACUGUGUAUUGCAGACAACAGACAUGUUCAGAUGAAACUGAUGGAGAGUCAGGAGGGAAAGAUAGAAUGGAAGUAGGUAGAUUUCAAAAUUUCAUUAUGCAAUGAGCAGUAUAGAUUUUUAUGUAGAUAUUUAUGUAGAUAUUAAGUAAAUAUUUCCCAGAGUGUCUGUUUCUCUGAUGUUUCUCUGAAUAGUUUCAAUUUUUAAUAGUAAGUAAAUGGAUCAGAGCUACUGUUUCUGAAUAAAUAUUGUCUUCUGUAAUGUUGCAUAAAGCCUUUGCUAUAUGACAAUUUAUUUGUAGGUUAGCCAAAGCUAUUUUUGAAAAAUGAGCCAUGAGAGCUAUCCUUCCAACCCAAUUCACUGUUCCAGUUUUUAGCAAUGCAAAUAAAACAUAGGAGAAGCUGAAAGUGAAGCAAAAGCAAGCUAGCAUUAAUAGCA